CUUUAGAGCAAAAUUUCAGAUAUGAUAAGAGAGAACAUGUAACACUGAAUCUAAAGACAGAGAAAGAGAUGUUGGGCUCACAUGAACCAACAAACAUAUAAACCAACAAACAUAUAAACCAACACCAACAACCAAAUUUAAAUAUAAAUUCCAGAUCUGGUAUACGUAGAGAACCUCCAACACUCAACUAUAAAACAUGACAAAAUACGAUUGGAAACUGUAUGUCAAUAUGAAUCCAACAAACCAAACAUGAACAUAUGUAAGGCAACACCAACAUGCAAACUUUUGCUAACCAAAAGAAUUUCAGAUCUGAAAUGCAGAUAACAAUAAUCACAAAGGAGAAGAUUUAUGCAAAUAACAAAAGGAUGCAAACUCUACUACUAGAUCUUAGACAUAAAGUUUAUAUACAAGAAUUAGAUUAUACCAGAUAAUUCAGUUCUUCCACAGGAUUAUCAGUCAAGUACUCCUUCAAAAGGUCAUUGGUUAUGUCCUUUUCAUCCAUUGAUAGCGAUGGUGGUAUUUGGGUGACUGGGUUUGGAGCAAACAAACCACUUGGAUAGUACAUCCCCGAGCUUGUUAUUCCACCUAUCUCUUGAACUUGGGUUUUGGUUUGGAAGAGCUGCCAAGUCUCUGGAUUUGUUUGGAGUGAAGAAGGAUGGAGAAAUAACGUUGGCUUAAAAAGGUUGAAGAAAAAGGUCAUAGUGCUUUUAUGUCAACAACCAUAAUGUGAUGAUUACUUUUAUGUCAAGAACUUGAAUGAGAGAAUCCCAUUUCAGUGUUUUCCUAAAUUGCCAGAAACACAUGCAACGAAUCAGAAGACAUUUAUUUUUUCAAGAAGAAAAAAAUCUAAAAAAUGAUUACCUUUUAAACAAUAUUUCUUUUACAGUCAUACAUAACACGACUAUUGUUCUUCGAUAAUGGCGGCGCAGUAAUUUUCCUUCACACCAUCGAUCGACAUCGUGGCGUCUCGAUCUUUAAGAAAGAGAACGAUAAUGCCAAAACUUACUGUUUACAUGUUUUUAUAACAAGAAAUAACUUAUAGUUUUGAAACAUGUUUGACAUCGUUCAGUAUUAGUAUCUUACCAUUUGUCGCUCAGAAAUAACAUUUAUUUUAUCCAAAAUAUUUGAAACCGUUAUUAAACCGUUGUUUUCGGUUGCAGUAAGAUUGCAAAAUUGUUUUAUUUUAACAUCAUAAAUGAUAGCAACAUCGAUCACCGAUCAUCCCGUUUUAUUUCCGCAUGACAUGUCAGAUUGACCAACAUUUUCUCUAUAUAAACAAUAUUUAUUUUUACAAAGUAGUUCACACAUUUGUUAUGAUACUUUGUUCUUCUUGUCUCCAUUAAAAUGAUUCGUUCAAGUCACUCUGUGUCAGACUAAUUAUGUUAAACGAGUAAUUUAGUAGAGUAAUGUAUUGUGGAUUGUUUCCAAUAUCUGAAUAAACCAAGUGAUUUGCAAAAUUAAUGAUAUCGUAUGAGAAAUUUGAGAAACCAUGUUUUAUUGUAAAAAUGAGCAAAAUACAGGGGAAACGUUUCGCAGGCCACGUCAGAAAGCUCAAGAAGAAUGAGUCAGUAGUGGAGAAAUAGACCAAUGAAAUUUGUACACAUAGGAUCGGGUACGGAAGGAAGAUAUAGAUGAGAUGAGGCGCGCCAAAACCUUCCCCACUCUCUUCCUCUGCUCUGCUCCCUCACAAAUCGGUUCCCACUGAAGCCGAAAUCUGCAGCUCGGUACAGGCAGAGCCCAAAAUUGCAGAGGCUAUGGCUUUCCCUUCCAUUAUCCCGACCUCUGGCGUCCACAGGCUUUCGCUCUUCUCUUCCCCUUCUUCAGCUCGCACGACGCUGUACUUGCUCUCAUCCUCCAAUUUCCCAUUUCGCUUCAAUCCAAUUCCGCACCUCCACUGCCCUCCAGCCGCCGGCAAGCGUCCUGCCGAUUACAGGGUUCACUGCAGCCCUCCUGCAAAACCCACUUCUCAGGAUAUGGACAAGGGGCUUCCUUUCUGCGUUGAAGCAGGCAUGCCGAGUUCCCAACUUAGAAACAAGAAUUUAGAGGGUCUAAUAGCUAUGGUUCUUAUGUUUGCUCAAUUGUCUUCCCCUCUGCCUUUCUUUGGCUGGGAGCCAUUCCCCACUCCACCGGCAAAUGCGGUGCUUUAUUCUCCUGACACUAAGGUUCCAAGAACCGGAGAACUUGCUUUAAGGAAGGCGAUUCCAGCCAAUGCAAACAUGAAGGCCAUACAGAAUUCACUGGAGGAUCUCUCAUACUUGCUAAGGAUACCACAGCGGAAGCCAUAUGGAACCAUGGAAGGCAAUGUGAAAAAAGCCCUCAAGAUUGCAACAGAGGAAAAGAACUCCAUUUUGGCAAGUGUACCUGAAGAGUUCAGGGACAAGGGUUCCUCAUUAUAUGCAUCUCUAAUUGAUGGGAAGGGUGGUUUGCAAGCUCUCAUAAAAAACAUUAAGGACCAGGACCCAGACAAAGUUUCUGUUAGCCUUGCAUCUUCACUUGAUACCAUUGCUGAAAUUGAGUUGCUACAGGCUCCAGGACUUUCUUUUUUGUUGCCAGAGCAAUACAAGGAUUAUCCAAGGCUAAAUGGCAGAGGAACUGUUGAAUUUACCAUUGAGAAAGGAGAUGGUUCAGCAUUUUCCCCUGAAGCGGGUGGUGAAUCAAGAAAGACUGUCAAAAUUCAGGUUACUGUAGAUGGAUAUUCAGCACCACUGACUGCAGGGAAUUUCGCAAAACUGGUAGUGGAUGGGGCAUACGACGGAGCAAAGCUCAACACUAUUAACCAAGCUGUCAUAACUGAUGAUGGACUCGAUAAGAAUGCCGGUUACAGUGUGCCAUUAGAAAUAAUGCCCUCAGAACAAUUCGAGCCAUUGUACCGUACAAAAUUAAGUAUCCAGGACGGUGAAUUGCCAGUUCUUCCAAUGUCAGUGUAUGGAGCAGUUGCAAUGGCACAUAGUGAUGUGUCCGAAGAAUACUCAGCUCCAUAUCAGUUCUUCUUCUACCUCUACGACAAGAGAAAUUCUGGCUUAGGAGGGUUAUCUUUCGACGAAGGGCAGUUCUCGGUUUUCGGAUAUGCAACUAGUGGGAGGGACAUUCUUUCGCAGAUAAAAACCGGCGAUGUGAUUCGAUCAGCAAAGAUGGUGGAUGGUCAAGAUCGCCUUAUAUUGCCAACCCAGAGCUGAAACUAACUUGAAGAACCCAGCUGUUCCUUCUUUUUGGAAGCAGAAAACACGACCAGCUUGAUUCUCUUGCAACAGGGUACGAUGAAAUCAUAUUUGCCAAUGACCACUUUACUCAACUCAUUGGUUAUUCCACAGACACACAAUGUAGAUCAUUCUUUUUAUCUUGUAACAAAUGCCAACACCAGAGUAGUCACCAGUUCUAUCCUCUCUAAGUUUGUUGAAUAUUCCACCACUGUGUGGGGAAAAUGAGAAAUAGUUCUUCUGAAUUUGUCAAAGAGUUCCACUCCGUUUACAGAAUCCCUUUACCUGAAGAUAGGUUGUGAGUUUGACAUCCGUGUAGAACUCUUGGUCUACAGCGUUCUGUUUGAUUCUGGCCAACACGUCGUUGCUCAAAUUUGCACCAUGAUUUUUAUCCGGUGGUGAUAGGAACAGAGACCUCUCUGGCGGAUAUCUCUUCUUCACUGUCGGUAGUGGUCCGAGGUGGGCGAAGGUCAAAUAGCUUAC